CUGCUCCUUUUAUUCGCGUCUCCUUUCAGCUAUAAACAGAAUAUUCUCCUUUAGCUUGCUGAUUCUAUAUAUUCUUCCUUGCUUUGAAGCUUUCUUUCAACACCUUUCCGCAACUACCCAUGGGGAACUGUCUUUCCUUCACUCCAUCUGCAAGUCCCAACGUUGUCUCCAAGAAAACCAAACCUUCGCCCAUUGAAACCUCCUUCAAGCUUCCCUCUCCAUUGCCAACUUGGCCACCAGGCGAAGGGUUUGGACAUGGAACCAUUGAUCUUGAUGGAUUACGAGUGUGCCAGAUUUCAUCACUCAACAAAGUUUGGGCCACCCAAGAAGGGGGACCAGAUGACCUCGGCGCUUCUUUCUUUGAUCCUUCGCAAAUCCCACAAGGAUUCUUUAUGCUGGGUAGCUAUAGCCAACCCAACAACAGGUCGCUUUAUGGGUGGGUUCUUGCAGGGAAAGAUGAGGUAGGGGGAGCCUUAAAGACACCACUUGAUUACACGCUUGUUUGGAGCAGUAAGUCUCUGAAAAUCAAGCAAGACGGCAUUGGCUACAUCUGGCUACCCACAGCCCCUGAUGGUUACACAGCCGUAGGCGUUGUCGUCACCAAUUCUCCCGAAAAGCCUUCCCUCGAAAAAAUCCGAUGCGUUCGAUCAGACCUCACCGACCAAUGCGAGGUUGACACUUGGAUCUGGGGACCUGGCAAACAAAGCGAUCCAAAUGGAUUCAACACAUUCAGUUUGAGGCCCAGCAAUAGGGGGAGGCAGGCUAUGGGUGUUUGUGUGGGCACAUUUGUGGCCCAAAACGGCAAUGCUACCCCUACUUCUGUAGCUUGCUUGAAGAAUGUGAGCUCCAAUUUAUCUUUUAUGCCUAAUCUAAACCAAAUUCAGGCAAUUUUUCAAGCAUACUCUCCCCGAAUAUAUUUCCAUCCUGAUGAAGAGUUCUUUUCGUCCUCAGUAAGUUGGUAUUUUAACAAUGGGACACUGUUAUAUAAGAAGGGAGAAGAGUCCAACCCUGUCCCAGUCGCAGCAACGGGCUCGAACCUUCCUCAAGGAGGUUCAAACGAUGGUGCAUACUGGCUGGACCUUCCUGUGGAUGAAAAAGCCAAAGAGAGAAUCAAGAAAGGAGAUUUACAAGAAACUGAAGUAUAUUUACAUAUCAAACCAAUGCUGGGAGCAACCUUCACGGACAUAGUUGUGUGGGUGUUUUGUCCUUUCAAUGGUCCUGCCAAGGCUAAAGUUGAGCUCAUCAAUGUUCCACUAGGAAGGAUAGGAGAACAUGUUGGCGACUGGGAGCAUUUGACAUUGAGAGUCAGCAACUUUAAUGGGGAGCUGUGGAGUGUUUUCUUCUCACAACACAGUGGGGGUUCUUGGUUCAACGCCUCAGAGCUUGAGUUUGAAAAUGGAAACAAAGCUGUGGGCUACGCAUCGUGGCACGGCCAUGCCAUGUAUUCCAGGCCAGGUCUAGUAUUACAAGGGAGUAAUGGGAUCGGAAUCAGGAACGAUACUGCCAAAAGUAAAAUGGUGUUGGAUACUGGAGCAAGAUUCUCGGUUGUUGCCGCUGAGUAUUUGGGCAAGGCUUUUAUCGAGCCUCCAUGGCUCAAUUACAUGAGGGAAUGGGGUCCAAAAAUUAGUUACGACAUAGCGGAGGAGAUAAAGAAAGUGGAGAAAAUAUUACCUGGAAAACUCAAAUCUGCUUUUCAGAAGCUUGUCAAUAACCUACCAAAUGAAAUUCUCGGGGAAGAAGGACCCACAGGUCCCAAACUGAAGAGAAACUGGAAUGGAGAUGAAGAUUGAAAUAUUAUCGAACGCCUCCAGAUAUGUUAUGCUAAUAAACAAUCAACAUAGAUCUGAGGAACCAACAAAAAUCAGAAUCGGUGUUAAUAUGUACAUGUAUACAUGAUUAAAACAAAAACACAAUAUAUACAUGUGUGUGUGUGACAUGGUAACAAGUUCUCAAAUUAUCCCUGGUUCUAUGUACUUGAUAUAUGUAGUGGCAAUGUGAUUCGUGAUGGUGUGUGCAUUAUUGCUUCUGUGAUUCAACAA